AUGAAAGUCACCGCCAUCAUGCACGCAAUUCUGAUAGCUGUUCUCGUCCUGUCAGCAUCCGUCGCAUCUGGUCGCCCACGCAAGAGUCCCAUGAUAACAAGCAGGCGACUGGUAGAGACGUGUCUAUCUUGCAAGAACGAGGGCCGCACAACCUGGCUCGUGGAACCCCACAACGUCAUCCCCCCGCAACCAGCAUGGAUCAAGUGUCCGGUGCCCGACUGCCGUUCUUACCGCGCCCAAGACUACGUCCUUUGUACCAACUGCUUGCAUGUCUACGGCAAAAACCGCACCGGCGAAGGCUAUGUCCCAGGCAGUACGGAGGAUGCCUGUUUUCACGAGACCUCCUACCAACUCACGCGUGUAUUCUCUACUUGGCUAUCGCCUUAUCCUGCGGUGGCACCUCCUCCAAACCAUGGGUAUCCUGCAUCAAGGAGUACUUCAUGA